CCAACCUCUUCCCCGUCCCGUUGAGUCCGUUGAGUCAUUGGCUGCCGGGCCCAUUUUGGCGUCUUGUUUUUCCACCCUGCAACCACCUACCUGUAACAUAUUUGCCAUCAUGAUGAAUCUCGCAAGGCUGGUACCGCGGUCUCAAUCAUUGUUUCGUCCCCUAGCGGCAGUGAGGGAUUUUCAAGGCUGCACUGGAAGCCUCCAUCUUCCCUUGGUCCGAGCCCGUACCCAGCCCGUUAUCGGCCAAUCUCAACGUCUUUCCCUCUCAACCUCUGCAUCAUUCUCGUGCGACAAACACGAUAUGUCGCAAGCGGAGACUAAUUAUUCUCCAGACCGAUUCACCACCGCGCUGCAGGCAAACAAGGAGUGGGCUGCGAGAACUGCCCUGGAGCAUCCGGACCUGUUCCCCACGCUUGCCAAUGGCCAGUCGCCCGAAAUUCUCUGGAUCGGUUGCUCCGAUUCUCGAUGCCCGGAGACGGUCGUUCUAGGCCUAAAGCCUGGCGAUGUCUUUGUCCAUCGGAAUAUCGCCAAUAUCUUGCAUGCCGGCGAUCUCAGCUCGGGUGCAGUCAUCGAAUAUGCCGUCCGUCAUCUGCGGGUCAACCACAUCGUGCUCUCCGGCCACACCAAGUGUGGUGGUAUCGCAGCAGCCCUUGGUAACAAGCAACUCGGUAUCCUCGAUCCCUGGCUGUUGCCUCUGCGCCAGAUUCGUGAACAGAACCUUGCGCUGUUGCAGACCAUGUCACCGGAGGAUGCGACCGUCAAGAUGGCGGAGCUUAACGUCCGGGAGGGUGUCAAGCUUUUGAAGUCGAAGGCUGUAGUGCUUGAAGCGAUGCACGAGCGGGGUCUCCAGGUUCACGGGCUCAUCUAUGAUGUCGCCUGUGGUAUGCUCCGGGAUAUAGACACCAAGGACUCGGAGGACGAGAUCAAGAGGCGACUGGUGGCCUUCAAGACGGAGGCUUAGGGAAGGAACUCGGUGAUAGGUCGUCUGUCAUUUCUUUCGAUUUUUGUUUUCUUGUAUUGUUUUCCAUUCAGCGAUUGUCCGGGUGUAUUUGAGGUGUUUUGGGACGGGCAUUCCUGUGGCUGUCUGGGCGAUCUUAGCAUUGUCUCAGUGACCAUGCUGUAAAUACACCAACACAGAGAAUCUCAUAGAUGUCAAAUUCGAAGCAGUCAUUUUUCAGAUUCAAUCAGAGCAAAUUAGAAUGAGAGAG